AGAAUGUAUAAAUAAAUUGUUAAUUACUUUAAAAAAUGCACUCAAGACACUUGGUUAUACAAAAGAAUAUUUUAGAAUUAGCUGAUUUUUUUUUAUAUAUAUAUAAAUCUAAGUAAGGGGGAAAUUUAGGAAUGCAUCUGAUAGACCCCUGAGAUCUCCCGAGAUCCUCUCUGUCCUUGUGUGUUUUAAAGUUUGCAGUUGUGUACCUUUGGGAACUAAAUUAGCUCUAUCUAGAGGCGAGGUGUAUUUUGGAGUGUCAGUGUACUUAAUCCAUACCCACAGUCAUCUAAUUAGCUGGCAGAUAUGUACUACAAGUGUCUCAUCAUCAGGGCAAAUAGAUCCAUCUGUUCAUGGAAUGGUCAACUUGGCUAAUGGAAGUGUGUCUGUUUGAAUAUUAGGCCAUGGCAAAUUUUACAUUCUGUAGCUUCACUCAAGUAUGGCAUGGGUCCUAUAGUCCGAUUCAAAAUCUUUUUUUUUUUAUUUGCUGUAUAGAUUAUAAAUGUCCAUUAUAUCCAAACACAGAUAGGUUUGGAGGUUGUGGUGAGACCUACAAUGUAUCACUUAAAACAGAGAUGACUUUUGGUGUGGCCUGUAACAAGGUAACAGCUAUUUGAUAUAUGUCAUUGUUCAUAGUCCCUCACCUGGUGAGUUUUAACCACUAUUUGAUAUAUGUCAUUGUUCAUAGUCCCUCACCUGGUGAGUUAUAACCUUUGCGUACCGGUAAGUUGUAACUUUUACUUCAAACUACAACUGUAAUGUCACCUAUUGCACUUUGAACAGUUUUUGUUAUAAUUUUGAUUACUUCUUGAUUAUUGAUACCUGCGUAUAAGGAAUGACCAGGUGUACUUUUGGGACAUUUUAUGUCCUAUAUAUUUUUUAUUGUGGCAUUAGCAAGUGGGUUUCCAAAGAAAAAUAUUUACAAAUAGAGUCUGUGUCUGAUAGAUUAAUGUUUUCCAUAUCAAGAAAGUUAUCAAAAUAGUCAUGAUCACAAAAACUUCUCUUUGAAUAUGUGCAGCAAACAUAAAGGUCACCAUACAAUUUGUUUUGCUUCAAAGGAUUUAAAAAUCUGUCAUUACAAAACAAAAAACACACAGCGAAAACAUUUAAUAUAGGAAGUUUUUGUCAUCUCAUAAAUCUUGAAAAUAAACACUUUAAAUAUUUUUUUAACAUGUAUUUUCUGAACUAAGCUGAACUUAUAUAUGUUUUUAGCAUUAGGCAAGAGUCAAGGUAUAUUUUAACAUUUAUUUUAAACUUGAAAUAAAAAUCAUGUAUGUCUCUAUAGUUGUCAGUAAGAACAGUUGAUUCAAACAUCAGACAUGUUGUUGAGGCAAAUUCACCUGUUUCGUCAAAGACUUCGGAAUCGGUUUUUACAGAAAGAAAAUAUCUACACUAUACCAAACCUGCUGACGUCACUGCGGAUAGCUGUGACGCCAUACCUUGGCUACCUUGUACUUGCAGGCGAAUUUGAUUUAGGAUUCAAGAUUUUCCUAUUGGCAGGCCUAUCAGAUUUUCUGGAUGGGUUCAUAGCCCGUAACUUUGAGAACCAACAGUCUGUGUUAGGGUCGGCCCUCGACCCAUUUGCUGACAAACUUUUGGUCAGCAUUCUUACCAUCACUUUGACAAUGGCAGAAUUAUUACCAGUGCCUCUGACAUGUCUGAUCAUCGGGAGAGACGCCUUGCUGAUAUGUGCAGGAUUCUACUUGAGAUACAUUACCUUACCUCCACCGAGGAACCUGAAGAGAUAUUUUGAUGUGAGUCAUGCCACAGUCACUCUCCUCCCAUCUACACUCAGUAAGUGGAACACAGGACUACAACUGUGCCUGAUAGCUGCUUCCAUGGCUGCUCCAGUGUUUGGCUUUGUGGACCACCUAUAUCUACAGGGACUCUGGUACCUCACAGGAGCCACUACCGUGGGGUCUGGGAUACAGUAUGUAGUCAAUAGGAAUAAAUACAUCAAAUUCACUCAGGAAAAACUCAAACGAAAGAUCUAACAAAAGGAUAAAACAAGUGCCAUUAUGGGUCCUGGGAAACAGAGCACUAAGGUCAUAAGAAACAGGCUGUAACCAAGACAUGGAGCAAGAUGUAACCAAGGGUUACAUGAAACAGGCUGUAACCUAGAGAGCCAUGCUAUAGCUCUGAAUAUGGAUCAGGUUGUAACUAAGAGUUACAUGGAACAGGCUGUGACUAUAUUAUAAGUGUGAAAAUGAAACAGUGUGUUUCAGGGAAUAAAGUGGAACUUCAUUAUUAAUUGCAGAUUUUACAACGUAGGGGAGGUGGUGGUCUUUAUCAAUCAUUAUGUCUUAUAUUAUUGACACUGACUGAAGUAUCAUUGAUAAUGUUUUAUGGGGAUAUAAGGAUUUAUUCAACAGACAUAUGUGAACCCACAUGGCCUAAUCUUAUUCCCCAUAGGUUCUGUUUUAUAUGGGGUUAAAAGUGACUUGGUAGGACCCCCAACUCAUACAGGUGUGGUGUUCUCUGUGUGAUUAUAUAUAACUAUCUAGUGCUUUGUAUGAGACCCUUAAGCUUCAUGCCACUAAAUUUAUACUUACCAGUAUAUUACCGGUAUAUGUAAGAUAUGGUGAAGAGCAGGUAUUACCUGAAGUUGUUGAGACACAAUAUUUUACUGUUUUCAGCAUUAUGUAUUAUUUUUGAAGAUGUUUUUAUAAUUUGAUGCAGUUCAUCCUUUCCAGCAAGUUUGGGCAAAUUGAGAAUGAUGCUCAUAGACUUUUUUUUUUUUACAUAUCGGUAUAUGGAAACUUUAAAAGUUUAAUAGUGAUAAUUCAGUAUUGUUUCUAUAUGUUCAGUAUACAGACAUGCAGGAUACAUGCUGAAAUACAGUCAAACCUGUCUUAAUUGAAUACACUACUUUGUCAUGAUAUGUAGAUUUGUAUUUCCAAUCAAAAAGAGUUCCAAAUCAGUGUAAAUGUAAAAUUUCGGUUAAGAACCAGAACUUGUCCUCCAUAAUCAAUUGCUGUAAAACGUAUAAUUUACAUGUGUAUUGAGAAUAAUGGAACAAAACAGCAAAUUCUACAAUGUUCAAAAUUUGUAAACACAAAACACACAUCAAUUUUUCACAUUUAGGAAAACAAUAAAAAGUUGCUAAGGAUAGGUUACAUGAAGGCAACUGAAAAUCAUGGUAACUGGGCAUAUUGGACAGGGAAUCGAUGUAUACAGGUCCCGGCCGAGACACCUACAUUUGUGUAAGUCAAUCUGCAAAUUACCUCUAUGGCCUAUGCAGAUUGCUGGAUAUUUUGGAAUUUCUGCUUUUGAACUGCUGAAAUCAACAUUAAAAUGUUUUAAAAUCACCUUUUUGAACCUUUGAAUAUUAGAAGACUUCUAAGACAAAGCUUACAGUACUAGUAUACCAAAAUGGUGAACUAUGAUAAUUUAUGUGCCAUCCUUACUGAUUUUGAUGACUUUGAAAAGUUUACAUACUGAAACAACAUAAACACGAUUCCCAGGGUUGACCUGCAUUUUAACAUCAAUGACCCUCCUACGCUGAGAACUGGACAGGUAUGAAGGUCGUAUAAAACGCCCCUGAAAAGCGGUGGUCCAUACAACAGGUUUGUAGAUACAUAAGACUAGUGGUCACAGAAUAGAGGGUUGGUGUUCAGACAAGUUUGGUCGUACAAUUUAUAAACAUUGUAUGACAAUCACUCUAGUAUUCUGUUGGUGAUAACAAGACUUAUUUGUUACUGUUUUGUUGACAUCUUUUGGGACAUUAGGAAAUGUGAACAUGAUUUAAUAACAGUACAUAUCCAUUUCUCCAAGUUUAAAAAUUAUUUUGAUCCUGACACGUUUAUGCAAUUGCAUUUUGAAUGAGGAAAUUCUGAUAUUGCUCAAAAUGGUCCAAAAUACUAGUAAAAUGUAUGAAUAAUGUUUCCCAAAAAAUUGGAGUUGUAGUUUCUACUUCAAAAGUAUUAUGUGUUGGUAUCAUGUAUGUGUGUGCCUAUUGCCCAUAUCUUUCGGGACUUCUUUGUACAUGUAUAAAUGACACUGACAACUAUCUGUAAAUAGAAAUUGCCAAUAAGGUAAUAAUUUAUUACAAAAGUCACGAGAGAAGUGAAUCGGUUUUUGUUAACCAACUUUGUACAAUGUACUGUAUUACAUAACAUUUCAAAUUAGCUAUGGAGAUAGAAAUACUCCUAUGAAAAGUGUAACACUAAAUUUGGUGAUGUCCCUGUAUUAUUGAUUUGGUACAGCAUGUAUCUGUACGAUGUAGAUAGGAGAGUCCCAUGGCAGACAAUCAUUUUUCCCCUUUCUGCUACAAACUGUUAUGUUAGAGCAAAAAUGCAGUGUACAGUACGUUUUGUGUUGACCCCAUUUAAGUUUCCAGAUAAAUGUACUGUAUACGAUCCUCUUGACACGGCCGGCUUUCACACAGUUUGUUGCCCAAUGCUGAUCCAUGAAGUUUUAAGAAGUUCAGAAAAAUAUUUGCAUUCAGUCAGUUGAGAUGUUGAUUAUGAGGGAGGGGGAAAUAUAGAUAUUGGCCUUGUCAGAAAUAGCAUUUAUUGUGAGGGAGGGGGAGCUAUAGAUAUUGGCCUUGUCAGAAAUAGCAUUUAUUGUGAGGGAGGGGGAAAUAUAAAUAUUGGCCUUGUCAGAAAUAGCAUUUUUUGUGAGGGAGGGGGAGCUAUAGAUAUUGGCCUUGUCAGAAAUAGCAUUUAUUGUGAGGGAGGAGGAAAUAUAAAUAUUGGCCUUGUCAGAAAUAGCAUUUAUUGUGAGGGAGGGGGAAAUAUAAAUAUUGGCCUCGUCAGAAAUAGCAUUUAUUUUGAGGGAGGGGGAAAUAUAAAUAUUGGCCUCGUCAGAAAUAGUAUCUAUUGUGAGGGAGGGGGAAAUAUAGAUAUUGGCCUUGUCAGAAAUAGCAUUUAUUGCUUAAAAAUAAUUGUGAUUCUGAUCAUCACAAUCAUACUCUGUUAUUGAAUAUGAGAAAAUAUUUUCAAAAAUAAACAAAAUUUCA